UGGAUUUACAUGAAGGACAGCGCAGCAGAGACAACUGGAGUGGAGGAGGGGGAGUCAGACACAUUGGGACAAGAUCAUGACUCGAAGAUGAGCUGUCCUCAGGUCGAGUUAGAGGAGAAGGACUGUCCUCCACCAGAGGAAAUAGAAUGUAAAAUCUGUUACCAACGCUACAAUGCCCACAACCGCAGACCUAAGAUCCUGGACUGCCUACAUCGGGUGUGUGCACGCUGCCUCAUUAAGAUCCUGGACAUUGCUGACGGGGCAGGUUUCAUCUCCUGCCCCUUUUGCAGACAUCAAACUGAGAUCACAGAGUACGAGGUGUCAGCCCUGCCUGACGAUGCUAAUAUCAUGUCCCACCUGGCAAUGCGGGACAAAUCCUGGAGCUCCGACCACAACGGGGAGGUAGUCCUGACUCCAAAGAGUUUGUCCUCCUCCAGUCCCUCUCUGGACUCCUCCAACUGCCUGGUCAUCACUAUAAUGGAAGUGCAGAGGGACAUGCAGCACUCCCCGAGUCGAAAUGCCAGCUCUGACAUCUAUGCUGAGCAGAGUCUUGACUCAGUAUCGAUGGGCUCAAAUGGACCGGCUGAUCAGGACGCCAUGUCCAAGUUCUGUAAUCAUGUCCCACGCAUCCUGGUCUGGUUGCUGGGUUUCUUAUACUUUGGCUCUCUGCCUCUAGGAAUCUACUUGUUGGUGAUCCAGAGAGUGACACUGGGCAUUGUAUGUGUUAGCUUGGUACCAUCAAGCCUUACUGUUUGCCUGGUCUAUGGGUUCUGCCAGUGUCUGUGCCAAGAGAGAGGGCUGCUCUCUCCUACACAGGCUUUACAAGACUACCAGUCAGUUGGCUGCAUGGAGGAAGAGGACCUUGAGUCAGAAAACCAGUUUUGCCAAAAGCAACAGAGCCCCUGACAAGCUCUGAGAAGGAGCAUUGCCUAUACCUACAUUUCUGUGUUGUAUUUCUGUCACAUUUGUUUGUUCUGUGUUGUGUGUGUGACCUAGUCUAACAUAACACUGACAGCAGACUUUGACUUAAAAAAAAUGACAGCACUGGACUGAGUCCUGGGCCCUCAUUAUCAACACUGUGCUCCAACUGAAAUCUUACAUGCUGUCAGUUUUAAGUGAAAGGUGAGAUUUACUAACUGACUUUUCUUACAAUAUUUGUAUAUCUACAAAUGAAAUACCAUGCACCAAAUUCCAAGGGUACUUAUUUAAUGAACCACAGAAACUCAAUAUUUGAUUAUCUCUGUAAACAACUAUCUGCAUAUGAAUGCUUAAUCUGUAAGAGAGGAAACAAGAUUUUGUUUUCUGAUUUGUUUUUUUGGUUCUGGUUUCCAUUUGUUGUCCAAGUCCAAUCACGUUUGAGCGGCGUGUGGCUGCAAGCAUUGGCUGAUGUUUGAGCUUUUUAUUUAU